AAUGCUACAGGAAGGCUGAAUUCUCUUAAUAUUGCACUAAAUUUCAUGAGCUACGAGUCCCCCAUUUACUACGCAGAGGUUAUCUGAUCAAAAUGGCGAAACGACGCGCUGCUGAACCGUUGGAAGCAGUAGCACAUGCCGACUCGCCCGCGUCCAAGAAGUCCAAAGUCGACGACGUUCCAGACGAGUCGGAGCUGGUCGAGAACGAUGCCCCAACCAACGGUCACCUUAUGAACCCUCGAACGCAAGAUGCCGAAAAGCUGGAUAUCCUUGGAGCCGCCGAACAAGAGCAUGAGGAGCUGGAGGAAACCGGCUUCGACUCCGAGGAGGAAGACAUGCAGGCCGCGCCGAAACGGCAAACCGCCCCGACGGAGGGAUACGACGAUCUAUACCUCGACACCAUCAAGCGAGCCGUCCUCGACUUCGACUUCGAGAAACUGUGUUCCGUCACGCUGUCCAACAUCAACGUCUACGCGUGCCUGAUUUGCGGCAAAUAUUACCAGGGACGGGGCACCAGUUCGCAGGCAUACUUCCACGCGCUGGACGAAGGGCACCAUGUGUACAUCAAUAUGGCGACGAAGAAGGUGUACGUCCUCCCCGAGGGAUACGAAGUCAAGAGCAAAAGUUUGGACGACAUCAAGUUUGUGGUAGACCCCGUGUUCAACAAGGCAGAUGUCAUGGCAUUGGACAGAGAGCAAAAGACAGCCUGGGAUCUAGUGAAUCGAAAGUACGUUCCAGGAUUCGUGGGGAUGAACAAUAUCAAGGCGAACGAUUACUUCAACGUCAUCAUCCAUGCUCUCGCGCACGUCGCCCCCCUCCGCAACUAUCUCAUGCUGGAAGACCUCUCGAACCGACCGCAGCUCGCUCAGCGAUUCAGCAUCCUCGUGCGGAAGAUCUGGAAUCCACGAGCAUUCAAAGCGCACGUUUCCCCCCACGAACUUCUUCAAGAAGUGGCCUUGCGGUCCGGAAAGCGCUUUAACCUGACCGAACAGGCGGAUCCGGUCGACUUCCUGACCUGGUUCCUCAACCAUCUGCAUCUGGCCCUGGGAGGCAGCAAAACCAAGCCCGGCACGAGCAUCGUGCAGCGCGUCUUCCAAGGGGCAAUGAAGGUCGAAUCCCAACUGAUCACCGCGCGAGCCGACGCCGGCGAUCGGCUGCGCUUCGAAGACGCGGACGUGCAGACCGAGACGCAGCGAUACAUGUUCCUAACCCUCGACCUCCCGCCCGCGCCGCUGUUCCAAGACGAGCUCGAUCGCAACAUCAUCCCACAAGUGCGAUUGGGCGAGAUCCUAUCCAAGUACGACGGCCGCCGCGCGCAAGAACGGCUGAACCACCGCCGCCGCUACCGUCUACUGCAUCCGCUCCCCCCCUAUCUCCUCUUCCACAUCAAGCGGUUCAGCACCAACAAAUUCGUCUCGGAGCGCAACCCCACCAUCGUCACAUCCGACCGCCCCUCAAUCGACAUGGCCGAGUACGUGGAGCCGAACCCCAGCCUGCACUCCCCCGCGGACCCGAUCAUGUACGAUCUGGUCGCGAACGUCACGCACGAGGCGGUGCGGAUCCGCGACGACAGCGUGGAGGGGGAGGCGGAGAAGAAGGUGUGGCACGUGCAGCUGCGGGACAAGAGCCGCGACGAGUGGAUCGAGGUGCAGGAUCUGUUUGUGGAGAAGAUCAUGCCGGAGACGCUGUUUACAAAGGAGAGUUAUGUGCAGGUGUGGGAGCGACGGCGGGGGCCGGCGAAAGGGAAGGAUUCCCAAGGUUGCGAGGAUUGUGAUUGGUUGGGAUCUGCUAGGCCUUAA